CUUUGUCUGUUUUGUUCCUUCGUGCCUGCAACCUGCAGGGGUUCUGUUGUCCGCUCCUGCCUUUCUGCCAGCCUUUUUAGAGUCAAGUAACUCGGCCAACGCUGGUGCUGGGAAGGACGACAAGGAAGUUUCACAAUCAGAAGCGGCAGUCCUGCAUACCUUUUGUCUCCAGUGAAACGUCUUGACAACUGUGGACUAACAUUAAGGAUUGUACAUUCAUCAAAAGUGGCACAGGCCUCCAUGCUCCCGGUGGGCGAACGAAAACAAAAUCUGACCUCACCUGACGUCACUCGCUCAACGUUACUGCGUGUUGGCAGGGCAACCGCUGCCACUUUUUACAUUCACAGUAAAAUGAAAUACAACACAAACACGCAUCCAGACCGAGCUGAUAGAAGGGGAAUACACAACACGGCCCCUCUGAUGCCUGUGGAUGAGAGACUUCAAAAAAACGGUUACGCAAAGAGUCGUCAACCGAUUUGUACCAAACUUGGUGGUGGGAUGGGGCGUGGGCCAGGGAAGAACCCCAUGAAAUCUUGCGGCAUUCCUCAGAUCGGGCUGGUGCCUACGGUAUAUGCUACAGAUAAUGGCCUCCUCAGGUAACAUGUUACCAGAAAAACAGUUCCAGUGCACGAUCUGUCAACAAGUGUUCACCGACCCGGUCACCACUCCCUGCGGACACAACUUCUGCCAAGCCUGCAUCCAGAGUGUGUGGGACAGCAGUGAUGUCUGCCGGUGCCCCACCUGCAGCAAAUCAUUCACCCACCGGCCUGAAAUAAGCAUCAACACAGCCUUCAAAGAGCUGGCGGACACGUUUAGAAAGAUGGUAGCCCGCUUGUCGGCUUUGCCGCCGUCCGCGGCCCAACCAGGUGAGGUGGUGUGUGAUGUCUGUGCCACCACGUCCCUGCAGGUGAGGGCCCUGAAGUCCUGUCUGGUGUGUCUGACGUCGUACUGCGACGCCCACCUGGAGCCUCACCAGAGAGUCUCCACCUUGAUGCUGCACAAGCUGAUCGAGCCGGUGAAGAACCUGCAGGACAGGAUGUGUAAGAGGCACGAGAGGCUGCUGGAGAUGUUCUGCAGGGACGAACAGAAGUGUGUGUGCCGCUUCUGCACCGAGACCGAGCACAAAGAUCACCAGGCUGUUACUAUAGAGGACGAGAGUGAGGAGCGGAAGGUCCAAAUGAAGAAGACUGAGGCAGAUUUUCAGCAAAUGAUCCAGGAGCGACUGAAGAAAGUAGAGGAGAUCAAAAGCUGUCUCAAGCUCAGCACGGUGAGUGCAGAGAGGGAGAUGAAGGAGAGCAACCGUCUCUUUUUGUCUCUGAUUCGCUCCAUUGAGGAGAGACAAACUGAAGUCAACACAGAGAUCAAGGGGAAGCAGAGAGCAGCAGAGCAGAGGGCGGAGGAGCUCAUCAACGAGCUGCAGCAGGAAGUCGCCGAGCUGCAGAGGAGAAACGCUGAGCUGGAGGAGCUGAGGAACACUGACGACCACCUGCACCUCUUACAGAUGUUGCCCUCUCUUACGUCACCUCCACCCACCAGGAAGUGGCUGGAGAUCGGUGUCCACCCUGAACUGUGUGUGGGGACCGUGAGGAGAGCGCUGUCCAAAGUGGACGACACCCUGACGGGAGAGCUGGACAGCCUGAAGAAAGAGGAGAUGAAGAGGAUGCAGAAAUAUGCAGUUGACGUGGUGUUGGACCGGGACACCGCCCAUCCAAACAUCGUCUUGUCGGAUGACGGGAAACAGGCGGGCCGCGGCGAGCUACUGCACAUCGUUCCUGACAACCCCCAACGCUUCGACCCCGUCAUCUGCGUUCUGGGCAAGAGAAGCUUCCUGUCUGGGAGGUUCUACUUCCAGGUCGCAGUGGGGACGAAGACUUUCUGGGACCUCGGCGUGGUCAAGGAGUCUGUCAACAGGAAGGGGAUGAUCACCUCCAAGCCAGAGAAUGGCUUUUGGACGGUGCGACUGAGAAACGGGGAUGAGUAUCGAGCUCUGGACUCCCCCUCGGUCCUCCUUUCUCUCAAGGAGAAGCCGCAGACUGUCGGGGUGUUUACAGAUUACGAGGAGGGGACUGUGUCGUUCUUGAAUGUGGAAAACGGGUCUCACAUCUACACCUUCACUGGGUGUUUGUUCUCUGAGAGGAUCUUCCCCUUCUUCAGCCCCGGUGUUUGUGAUGAAGGGAAGAACACAGAGCCAUUGGUUAUCACAGCUGUCAAUCACGAGAGUUAGACUUGAGGAUGAACCUCUGAUUGCGUUCUGAGGCUGCAGGGGAUAUCUUGGCUUACAGAAGUGAUUCAGUAUUUUAUAGUUGAAGUAUUUUCUAUUUAGCAGGAUUUCUACUGUACAUCAGCACUUAAAGAUUUUUGCCCCUCGGCAUCAAUGCAAGACAAGAAUUGUCUGUGCUGUACAUGGUGGGAGUGUGUUGGUUGGUUCUUGUAAACUUGAACUCUUUUCCGGGUCCCACAGGGUUGUUUUGACUGGAUUUCUAUACCAGCCGAUCCAUUAUUUUAAGUAACCAACCCUGAUCCAUGAUGGUAUAGAAGCUAUGAUGGAUCAGGGUUCAGUAAUGAGUAAAUCCACAUUAAAUAUGAAGUACAGCUCACACCAGGCCAACACCACACACUCGCAGACAAUAUCUUAAAACCUUUUAUUAAAACACAGCUAUCCACAAUGGGAACACUAAAACAGCAGCAGCUGCUAAAAUAAUCAAAACUUCUCCCUUAAGUAUUUCUAAUAUCAAAUUAUCAUUUAAUUACUGCAGUGACCUGCAGGCUGCCAGUGUUUAAACCUCUCCCCAGAAACAAAACAACUUUUAAAAUUCAGAACAAAUAAAUAGGAAAAACAUGCAGCUUCUAAACAAAUGCAAAGGUGGCUCACCCGUUUGUCUCGUUGUCACAGCAACAGACAUGACAAAGGUCAAACGCUCUCAGCAUCAUUCAUCAGUGUUAAAUCUAGUAGGCACAUCAGUGAUAAACAGAGGCAAUUAUGAAUAAAGAUUUCAAAUAAUGUAUUUUCUUUUAAACUUAAUAUUGGCUCUUAAAAUACUCAACAUCAUCAUGUUCAGUGUCUUUAAUUUUCUACAGGGUUAUUUGUAUUAUCAUGCAUUGUUAAAGGGGAGCUGCAGGGGUAUAGUUUAUGGCCCAGUAUGACUAUAUUUUUAGGAGCUAGGAUUGAUCUCAGACCAUACCAAGCCUAUCACGCUUACAAAGAAAAUCAAAACUAUUUGCAUUGCUAGUGCGUAAAUCUGUUGGCUUUUGAGCCCCAGCCCCGCCUCAUGUCACCAUAUAUACUGUGAUGCCAAAGUUGAAUGACUCAAACAAUUUCAAAAUGAUACCUGACACCUUUAUGGUUCUGUUGGGCUGUGGACUCUGCAAGCUGAAGAUGGUAUUGUACCAUGUAUUUGAAAUACAGACUUUUAUCUGCAUUUAGAGAUUACAUACGCAUUCAGUGGGUGCUGAUUUACUUUAUGCUGAGCUAAUUACAACUUUUAACUUCAAUAAGUUAAAGCUAUUAGAAGUAAUACGAGAAUAAUGCCUUGAUUAGUAUGUUUCAAUCACUGUUUCUCUGGUGAUUUGUUUAUGAAAUAAAGUUUAAUUAGUUUACUAUUAGCCCAGAAACCUUUUGUUUUGCAAAACCUUUGCAUCAGCCCCCGAUGGACUGUCCGUGUUUCCAUGUGCUUUGCAAUUCCAGAAGAAAACCUUUCAUAAAGAGUGCAAACUGUGCUGCAUCAGCUCAUUAAAACAUGAAAAUAUGCUUAUUUACAAACAAAACUAUUACUAAGUCAAUCCUGUGCAACUCAUUUUUAUUUGAAUUUUGUAUGGCCACUUGAAGGCAGCAGAACAAACCGAAAAUACAUUUUACCCUCUUAUAUGGUUAUGGCAAACUUGUUAGCAAAAUGCUGUCUAUUUACACCUCAAGCAAACACAGAGAAACAAUGGAAAUUAUGUGAAGUUGUUUUUCAGGCCAUGUUUCCGGCUCCGUUUUGGUCUCUACCAACUCCUAGGGAACUUGGUAGAGAAGUUUAGCUGCUGAAUGCUCCAUUAGCCAGUUACCAAUUUUAAUUCUGGGCUGAUAAAAGUGGGGAGAUUUUUAUCAGUGAAUUUGCAGACUCAAAAACCUAACCUUACCUAACGAUUCAUUCAUACCGUAUCUCCCAGUCUGUUCUAUAGCGACUCAUUAUGUACUAUGUGGUCCUCAAUUCAGAGUCAUUCAGGAACCACUCAUUAACCAUUCAUUAAUUAUCAGGUCUUUCAUGAUUCCUGCCUCGCUUGUUCCUCAGAAGCUCCUCACAUUUACUGUGUACCGUAUGGUGAAGUGUUACCUGAUAUUAUGCUCAGUUUUAGCCAAAGUACCUAUUAGUAUAUCCAAUAUCUUGUGCUUCCUCUCUGAGCUGUGAUGGAGGGACGGUGAGAAAAAGGGGGAAUUUGGUGCCAAAAAGACUAUAAAUUUGGAAGAUAUCCUCUUGAUUAUUGUUGCAGCACUGCACAGCUCUAGUGUGCGAAUUUUGACAAAACGUGAUUGCGUAGGGCUGAUUAGUUUAGUUUCACGCAGCUGAUUCACAUUAUAAGUGACUUGCCAAUAAACUUACAGAACACUACAGAUAUAGAAUUUGUACGUAGCCUAUUACUACAAAUUUUAAUAAUUGUGUUAGGUUAGGUUAUCUAGGUUUUUGCCUAUACGCGUAAAGCCUUCUCUUAAAAAGUGUCCCUGAUCUCAGCAUUCAGAUCUCCAUCGUCUAAAACUACAAACCUCAACUGUCGGGUGAAACUGCAACACGUCUUUUUAAUUUUUACUUUGUGUGCCCAACAGUUUUUAAAACAGGGAUGUCUGUCUUUCUUACUGCAUGUCAUAAGCUUUAUACAUUAUACUAUUUGGUUUCCAAAAAUUAACUGACAAAUGAACCUUCAGCAGCAUCAGAAAAAUGUAAUAACUUAUUAUUAUUUAACACUAUGCCCUGUUAAGUCCAGCCAGUCUGUUUGAGAGUGAAGCAGGAUCUAAUGUCUUAUCAGUUUUAAUACGGGGGUUACAUGUUUAGGAUAUAUUUGGAUUGUGCCUUUACAUUUCUGAAGGUUAAUUACACUACUUCUACGUUGCAGCAGACCGGGUUAGCGCUUGUUGGACACUAAUUCACCUUAAUUCUGCAGAUAAAAAUGAUUCCAGUGAAGUUUUAUUCUACUGUCAGAAAUAAAAAUUUGUCAGUGUACGUUGCCAGAGUAAGACGACU